AUCAACUGAAGGAAAUUUUAAGUAGGCGCAAAAACACUGGAGAAUAAAAAAAGUUUAGUAUUGGGAGACACACAUGUGUUAGCGGGGCUAUUGUGCUGUUAAUGAUGAUGUCCUUUGUGACUUUUGACACAGAAAAACUGCAGAGUUCCUGUUUAAUGAUCUGCCUCUGAAGUAUGCACAUGUACACAUCGCUCCAGUGAGUGAAACUAAGAAUUCAAGGCACUCAUCAGUUCUCAUAAGGAUGAUGGGAACACGUCACCCAAGACAGUAGCUACAGCAUUCAGUGUGACAUAGAACAUUCAUUUAAUACCUGCAGUUUUUCCCUUAUAUUGAUCCAGAGAAGGGACCCUAUCAGAGAGGUUUGUGUUACACGUGUUAGUGCUCUCCAGUGUCACAGCUUCCAUUCAGCUGAGGGAGACAUGACUGGGGCUGGGAGAUUCAUUCUCAUUGGCUGCCUGCUGCAAGGGGCUCUGUGCAGUACCUGGUCAGCCCGGAUGCCUCAGAACAUACAAGCUCUGCAUGGAUCCUGUGUGCUGAUUCCCUGCACAUUCCAGAUUCCAUCUAACUGGUCAAAAAAUCUGAAAGACCCAGUCGGAAUGUGGUGGUCAAAUAGAAGCUCAAAUGGGAAAAUUAUAUAUUUUUCCAAUAAAACAGCGAAUGACAUUCAAGGAAAUAUAAUUGGGGAUUUACUUAAGAAGAACUGCACCACAGUCCUGAACAAUAUUCUUUCGAGAUGGACUGGUAAUUUUUCCUUUAGGAUUGAAGGCAUCGGUGACCUUAAGUAUAAUUUUGAUGCGAAAGUGAAAAUUUAUGUAAAAGACUCUCCACCCAGCCCCCAGAUCACCAUAAACAGGGACAUGGUGAAGGAGGGGGGCUCUGUAAAUCUGACCUGUUCGGCUCCAGCUCCCUGUCCAUCACUCCCCCCGUCUCUGUCAUGGACCCUCAAGCUGAGUGACAAUAUCACUGUAUUUCAGAAGAAUGAUGAUCACACUAAACAUGUAUCUUCUGUUAUGAACUUUACUGCCUCACAUCUCCACCAUAAGCAGGAAGUCAAAUGUACAGCAGUUUACAGGCUCCAAGCCAACAACAAUGAGAGGACAUCCUACACAAAUGUGACUCUCAAUGUUCAGUAUUCUCCUAAAAACACUUUGGUGUUAAAAGGAAAAGACCGGAAUCUAAUCUGCAGCAGUGAUGCCAACCCAGCAGUGAACAAUUACACCUGGUAUAAAGUGACUGGGAGUGAAAUUAAAGUUGUUUCACACAGACAGAACCUCACCUGUAAUAUCACUGAGGUCAGUGGACAGUAUUACUGUCAGGCUCGGAAUGAACACGGCCUGCAGAAUUCAAGCACUGUGCAGCUCGACAGUGAAUACUCUUCACCCAGCCCCCAGAUCACCAUAAACAGGGACAUGGUAAAGGAGGGGGGCUCUGUGACUCUGAGGGAGGGGGACUCUGUGAUUCUGAGGGAGGGGGACUCUGUAAAUCUGACCUGUUCGGUUCCAGCUCCCUGUCCAUCACUCCCCCCGACUCUGUCAUGGACCCCCAGGCUGAGUGACAGUAUCACUGUAUUUCAGGAGAAUGAUGAUCACACUAAACAUGUAUCGUCUGUUAUGAACUUUACUGCCUCACAUCUCCACCAUAAGCAGGAAGUCAAAUGUACAGCAGUUUACAGGCUCCAAGCAGACAACAGUGAGAGGACAUCCCACACAAAUGUGACUCUCAAUGUUCAGUAUUCUCCUAAAAACACUUUGGUGUUAAUUGGAAAAGACCGGAAUCUAACCUGCAGCAGUGAUGCCAACCCAGCAGUGAACAAUUACACCUGGUAUAAAGUGACUGGGAGUGAAACUAAAGUUGUUUCACACAGACAGAACCUCACCUGUAAUAUCACUGAGGUCAGUGGACAGUAUUACUGUCAGGCUCAGAAUGAACACGGCCUGCAGAAUUCAAGCACUGUGCAGCUCGACAGUGAAUCUGUCAAAGCUCCGCCCACUUUGAUUGGCGCUGCAGCAGGGGCUGCUGGGAUGAUUCUCACCUGCAUCUUACUGACAAUUACUCUCAAGAAAAGCUGCAGCAGGCAGAAUCAUGGCAGUAUGACACAGGAAACAGGAGAAUUAACACCGACAAACCAGUGUGAAAAUGAGCUGAAUGCUGAGCUGCUCUAUGCCAGCAUUGACCACAGCGGAUUGACUGAACAGGGAACAGGAACCAUCCGAGGGAGCUCACAGAGCACUGAGUACGCAGAGGUCAAGCUUAAUACUCGGAAAGAGCAGGGAGGCACAGAGGAGAAGUCUGAGGCCCAGCAAGAACAGGAGCAGCAUGUCAGUGUCUUGGGGAUCGAUCCUGAACCCAAUGAUAAGAGGAAGGAAUCCCAGGAACCUGGUAGUGGGGAUGUGUCUGGAUGUGGCUUCAGAACCCCGGAAUCUACAGAGACCCAGAAGAGGAAAACUGAAAUUGGGGUGAAACAAGAGAACGUGGAGGACAGGAAGAGCUCAGGGCUGGAUGAUCUGCUUUACACACCUGAACCAAAGGAGGAAGCAACAUAUGCGAACAUCUGCCGUCAGCUGGGCACCGAAGGUCCAGAUAAGAGGUCUGCUACAGUGGGAGCUUCUGGGAAUAAGCGGCAAAGAGGUGGAGAUCAACAAGAUGAUUAUGUGAUUGCUUCCGAAGAGAAGGGAACCAAUGAGAGUGAAUAUGCAGUGGUGAAGAAGGACAAAAUUGUGCAGUAGAAAAUUCAUCCCAACUGGUUCAUGGUAUUCAGACAAUGGGAGUGAACUGUUACGCUGUAUGUGUUUUGAAAAUAUUGAAAUGGGGGAAAAUUGCAUAUUUCAGUUAUAUCUAGAUAGAAUUAUAUGCCAUAUAUGCAAUACAGUGCAAUUAUAUGCCAUUUAUGCAAUACAGUGUUACUGCUUUAUUGGUUUUAUAUAUUUUUAGCAAUACAUUUUUUAAGUUGUCGUAACAUGCUGCAAACUAAGCUGGAACUAGCUUUUAAAGUAAAGAUAUUUCAAGAAGGAAAGUAAAAUAAAUAGCCACAAAAACAGGAAGUGCCACAUAUACACACACAUACACACAUACACACACACACAUACACUCACACAUACACACACACACACACACACACACAGACAUGCUGACCAUGAAGUGUACAGUACGGUUUGUACCCUCACAGUCUUCACAUACAUACUGCAUAAUAACAUCUAUUGGUUUUGUCAUUCGCAUUUUUGAGUAGAAUUUUUCAUCUUUUUUGAUCUUUUUCAUUCUUUUUCUUCUGUACUGAAUUCACUGUAUUCAUACAUAUUUGCAAGACAAUAUUCAUCAGGAAUUGAUUAUGAAGACUGUGAGUCCAAAUGACAGUUUAGUCGCCAUGGAGAAGGCAAAUUUGUAUAAAUAAUGAUAUACAUUAAAAGAAUGAUCUUCCAGAAGUGAAUCUAAGAAAGUCUGACUGUGUGGGCACAAGCAGGGCACACUGGCACAGAUGUGCAGUAUUUAUGUUACGCGUAUGUCAAAUGUGUAUUUUAAAUACAAAAUUGUAUACUGUCAUUUGUAUUUGACUCAUAAAAAUAUAUCAUGUAAUCUCAGAAUAGU